UUUGUUAAUUGGAAAACUUUACAGGUUCUGUAGAUUCUGUGAAUUCUAGGGGUUUAUGAGAGUUCUCAUGACCAUUCAGUCUCUCUCUGGCCUCUGAGCAGGGUCGGUCGGUAAUGACGAAGAGUGAUCAUAACCUAGCACUGUUCCUGGACUCGGGUAUCUACGAAUCCGACGACCCGGAAUGGGUCUUCUUAGACCCGGUUCGGAUUCUCAAUCGAUCCUAUACCCGAUUUGGGGUUUCUUCUUCCUCUUACUACUCUCGUUUCGUCGGUUCCGGGCAUCCCAAUCGACAACCCAGUGAUCCAAAUUCGAAAAAGCGCAAGCGGAAGCAGAGAAACCCUAACCCUAACCCUCUAAGUGCAGGAGAGCAAGCUGCCAAUCUUCGUCACCAGGAAGCAAGACCAAUGUUAUUGAAGGCUCACGAGUCAUUUGUACAAGAAUUCGAGCUUUUAUCUGCAAUGGAGGGUCUAAGUGAUACUGGUGAUUCUAGUGUAUCGAUUAAGAGUUGUGGUCAUGAACUCUCUCUGGUUGAACUCGGAAGAGUCUGGCAAGCACCCUUGUACGAGAUAAUGCUGAAUUUGAAUCCGCGAUUGGAUGAUGAUGACGGUUGUUCAACCGAACACAGAGUAGUCCCCGCAUUCAAUAACUUGGUUAUGAACGAGACAGGAGAGGAAAUCGAAGCCGAGUUUUUAGACAGGAAGUAUAUAAUACCCAGGAAGAGUUGCUUCUACAUGUCUGAUCUGCUGCAGAUUCGGAACCUCAUUGCCGCCAGACCCGAUGAAGGCUUUAACCUUAUCGUUAUUGAUCCUCCCUGGGAAAAUGCAAGCGCUCAUCAGAAAUCAAAGUAUCCUACUCUACCGAAUCGGUACUUCCUGUCUCUCCCGAUCAAGCAACUUGCCCAUGCCGAAGGAGCAGUCGUUGCAUUGUGGGUGACCAAUAGAGAGAAAUUACUAAAGUUUGUCGAGAAAGAGCUGUUCCCUGCAUGGGGAGUUAGAUAUUCAGCUACCAUGUUUUGGCUAAAGGUGAAACCAGACGGUUCACUAAUUUCCGAUUUGGACCUGACCCAUCAUAAACCUUAUGAGUACCUUCUGUUAGGUUACUAUUUUCGAGAAUUUCCAGGAUCAGAAUGUAGUCCUGAAUUGAAACCGAUGAAAGAACGGCAGAUUAUCAUAAGCAUUCCUGGAGAUUUUUCAAGGAAACCCCCGGUUGGAGAGUUGCUAAAGAAGUAUGCUCCCGGGCCUCAACCAGCUCGAUGCAUCGAGCUAUUUGCUCGGGAAAUGGCUGCCGGGUGGACCGCUUGGGGAAAUGAACCGCUUCAUUUUCAGGACUCGAGAUAUUUCUUGACAAACUAGGGGAUGUAUUGGCAGCUAUAUAUCUCGUUUUGCAAACUAUACAACCCUUUUCCGUCAAUGCUUUAUCGCUCGUGUAGACCUACAGAAAAUCUCACAAGACAACGAUGGCUUCUUCCCUUGAUUGAACUCCGCUGUCCUCGAAACCGAAGUUACGGGCACUGACUAGUUAACGUUCAUACAACUAUUCCGCUGUUCUUCUUGCUCUCCUUGUCCGUUAACAAUAUGUUGGUGCAGAUUUUGUCAUGAUUUACUCCUCGAUUGUUGGCUUAUCUCCAA